CGCCGAUCGAUGAAUGCUGCCCCAAUUUGGAGGCAAGAAUGCUGGUAUAUACAGACCUCAUGGCACUCUGUGAUGAAAUAAAUCCAUAAGAAAGGUCGACCAUUCUUGCUGCAUUACUAUUUCUCUCACAGGAUCCUAUAAUGGAAGUAACUCCAGCCAAAGCGGUAUCUGCCGCCCAAGACUUUCGUCAAUUUGUCAAGGAACUUGAAGACGAAAAUGACCUCAAUGUUAUCACCAAAGAAGUUGACCCUCACCUGGAGCUUGCUGCCAUCACCCGCAGAGUCUACGAGAUGGAAGAAAGGGCCCCGCUCUUCGAAAACAUCAAGGGACGAAAAGGCAGUGGUCUUUUCCGCAUCCUUGGGGCACCCGUGGGGUUGAGUCGCAAUCCAGGCCGGAGGUUUCGGCGAAUUGCCAAAUCCUUCGGCCUUCCUUCUACCGCAACAGGGGAAGAGAUCAUCAGUAUUCUCAAUGCAUGCAAAAAGAAGCCGCCGUUGCCCCCUAUCCACGUUUCGCCUGACAAAGCCCCAGUGAAGCAGUACAAGCUCUUUGGCGACGAUAUCGACAUGAAUGCUCUCUCCGUCCCUCUCCAUCACGACGCAGACGGGGGUAAGUUCUUGCAGACUUUCGGCAUGCAUAUUGUGAAAACCCCUGAUGGACGAUGGGUGAACUGGUCCAUCACUCGCGGAAUGGUUCAUGAUAAACGCUCUCUUGUUGGCCCCGUCAUUCCGAAGCAGGAUAUCGGCGUGAUAUGGCAAAUGUGGAAAGACAAAGGGCAGGAUAUGCCGUGGGCGCUUUGCUUUGGUGUCCCCCCGGCUGCUAUUAUGGUGAGCGGCAUGCCGAUUCCUAAGUGGACGGAUGAAGCUGGGUUCGUGGGUGCUUUGUCUGGUAAACCUGUGGAGCUGGUCAAGUGCGAAACGAAUGAUAUCUAUGUUCCUGUCAAUGCGGAAAUUGUCUUGGAACGCGUUGUAUCUACUACUGAGGUUGCCCCUGAAGGUCCGAUGGCGGAGUAUCACGGUAUGAUAUAUCCGGGAGAAGCCAAGAACAAACCUCUCUUCAAAGUGAACGCGAUUACACACAGAUAUGAUCCCAUCUUGCCACUAUGCGUGGCUGGAAGAGCGACCGAAGAGAAUCAAACUGUGUGGGGGAUCAUGCAAGCCGCCGAGGUGCUGAACAUCUGCCAGGCCGCGAAUCUACCGAUCAAACUAGUCUGGUGUCCCUUUGAAUCUCACUGUCUGUGGUUCGUCCUCCAGGUUGAUCGGGAGAAGCUUCGAGCCUUGAACACAAACAUCCCCGAUUUCAGCAACAGGAUCGGCCACACUGUCUUCGGCUCGAAGCCUGGAUGGUACAUUCCGAAACUCUUCCUCGUAGGCGAUGAUAUCGACCCCACCGACCUCCGAGACGUUAUCUGGGCUGAAGCUACACGCUGCCAACCAUCAACCAAUGAGUUUUUCUUUGAGGAAUAUGGAAACAUUCCCCUGAUUCCGUACGUUGGACAUGGACUUCGGCCUGGGCGUGGCAAUCACCCAAAGGUUGUUCGCUGCUGCAUGUUUCCCAGCGAGUUUGUGGAUAGAGAGCUAUCCUGGAAAGAAGGGUCUUUUCGAGGGCCCUACCCCGUUGAAAUCCAGGAAAAGGUAAUAGACAACUGGAGUGCAUAUGGAUUUGGCCAGGAGUGA